AUGUUGCGUUGGUGGAGACUAUGCCUCAAUGUUGUUUGCUUCAAUGUGGCGACAAAGGCAGCGUUUGUGACACAACCCAACUACCACUUGCCACCCAUCUCCCUUACGUACAGUGAUAAGUCGCUCGAACCGGCCGAUGGUUACAUCUUCCUCAGUCCUCGCGUGACGGAUCCUCGUGGCUUAUUUAUUUACGACAAGUAUCUAAGUCUUGUGUACUACAACGAUACAGCCAAUGCGAUUGACGCGACGUAUUUCCGGCCGUUCAUGCUGGGGAACGAGCUUGUGCUGGUCCAUCAUCAAGGCGAUGUGAGUCGAGGAUUCUCUAAUGGCACAGCACAUAUCAUGAGUCAGGACUACACGCUAAAGACGGUCGUGUCUACCAGUCAUAUGUUGGAUGCCCAUGAAUUUCAACUUAGUCCCAAUGGCUAUGCCACCACCACGUCGUAUGUGGAUAUCCCCAACUAUAACAUUGGUGCAGCGGGCAAUGCAAAUACGAACAGUGGAUGGCUGACGGAUAGCUGUAUUCAGGAAGUUAAUGUGCGAAAUGACAGUGAUAUCCGAUUCCGAUUCUGUCCCCAUGAACAUAUCCCUCUGGAUGCGAGCUACUACAAUGCACCUGCCACACCUGCUACGGAGGCCCAGAGUUGGGACUGGUUCCAUGCCAACUCGGCAAACAGGGAUGCUCUAGGAAACUUUUUGUUCAGUGGUCGUCAUACGCAUACACUGUACUAUGUGGAUGGAAAGUCGCACGAAAUCCUAUGGGCGCUCGGCGGCAAGUCCAGCAGCUUUAGCGGGGACGGUAACUUUUUCUCCUGGCAGCACUAUGUGCGCUUUUCGAAUGAAACGGGGGCAAGUGCAGAAGAGCUGCAGAAGCGUAUGGAUGGCGGAAAGCGCUGGAUUACUGUGUACGACAAUGCCAGUUCGGGCUUUGAAAAGAACAGCGAUCACAGUCGGGGUCUGGUUAUUGAAUUGGAUUUCCCGUCCAUGACGGCUACGAUCGUGAAAGUGUAUGAAAACCCUGGUGGUGUGACGGGCCUUUUGUCGGACACGCAGGGCAGUAUUCAACUUAUGCAAGACGAGCCGGAUUCGUGGUCGGAUCAUGUUAUGAUGGGGCUGGGCCAGAUUCCCGUCUGGGCCGAGUUUACGAACGAUGGCAAGACGGUCCAGCUUGUUUGGUUCGGCGACCGUGCGACUGUGCAAGGUUACCAAGUGGUGAAGUUGAAAUGGAGUGGCUAUCCACUCACGAAGCCUGAUGUUGCUGUGAAAGACAAGAAGCUGUAUGUCAGUUGGAAUGGCGCAACGGAAGUCGACCACUGGGUGAUUGAGUCUACGACGCAAGAUUCGAUGGUGAAGUCCAAACCAAAGACCGAUACCAUACAAAAACAAGACUUUGAGAUGUCGAUGGAUUUGGAUCCGAAGUUUUCUCGGUUCCGUGCUGUGGCGAUGAGCAAGAAUGGAUGCACGCUAGGCAAGAGUGAUUAUGUCGAUAUGAAUGGAAACAACCAAGGAGGGGGUGUAGCGGGCAAGAAUUACGCAAAAGAAGACACCUCCUCCAUCUGCCCUAAAGGCCAGACAUUGAGUGACGACGGCAAUUCCAACUCAAGUGAUCCAUUCCUAUUCAAUGGAUCGAGACCACUUACAGCUCACCCCUUCCUGGGUAUGCUACUUUUGGUCGUAAUGCUCACGGUGAUGAUCUAA